ACAUGUAAGUUACUUACUUGCUCUGGCUCUGAAACAGAGUCCCAAAGCGAGGUGGUUCAAAUGGAUACGAGUUCUAGCGAGAUGGAGCAGUCGGAAGUAUCUACAGGGAGAGGGAUGGAGAUUGUACAGAGAGGUGAUGAAGGGAAGAAGAGAAUCAAUAGGAAUGAGAGCUUUGGUGCAUCGUUUCCAAUGGGAGUGGAGGCGUACAACGCGAUGAGCUGGACUUCUAGAUGGAGAGAUCAUGAGGACAGGAGAGAGGCCGUGAGCUCGUCUUCAAGCAACAGCCACGAGAUAGCAAACAUGGAUUGGAGAGCAGUGGCUCCUGAGAGUGAGAACUCUUCUUUGGUUUCUCAGGAAGCUUCUAACACGUCUGAAGGACUCCUCAGUGUCAACUCCGUCACCGAUAAUCAGGCGAAUCUGAGCUUUGAGAUAGAGAGGCUAAGAGCCGAACUGAAACAUGUUGAGGAGAUGCAUGCCAUGACUCAAAACGAGACCGUCGAUACCUCGAAAAAGGUUUUAACAAAGAUUUUUCAACUGCAUAGACCGUGA